UUUGGCUCCUCAGACUGACAGCGUUGGUGUUUUCCAUCGGCUCAAGCUCUAGCAAACAGGACAAGUGAAGAUGGGUUGGGAUGGAGGAUUCGAGCCCAACGGCACGGAGGGCCAGAACUUCUACAUCCCCAUGUCCAACAGGACUGGGAUUGUUAGAAGUCCUUUUGAGUACCCUCAGUUCUAUAUGGUGGACCCCAUCAUGUACAAGCUUCUAGCUGCCUACAUGUUUUUCCUGAUCAUCACUGGAACUCCCAUCAAUGCACUGACGUUGUAUGUGACAUUCACAAACAAGAAGCUUCAGCAACCUCUCAACUUCAUCCUGGUGAACCUGGCUGUGGCCGGACUCAUCAUGUGCGCCUUCGGCUUCACCAUCACCAUCACAUCUUCUUUUUUUGGCUACUUUGUUCUUGGACCCCUCUUCUGCACUCUUGAAGGAUUCAUGGCCACACUCGGAGGACAAGUUGCUCUCUGGUCCCUGGUCGUCCUGGCUGUUGAGAGGUACAUUGUCGUUUGCAAACCCAUGGGAAGCUUCAAAUUCACCGGCUCCCAUGCUGGAGCUGGAGUCCUUUUCACCUGGAUCAUGGCUAUGGCUUGUGCUGCACCCCCACUUGUUGGCUGGUCCAGGUACAUUCCUGAGGGCAUGCAGUGCUCCUGCGGACCUGACUACUACACUCUGGCUCCAGGCUUCAACAACGAGUCAUACGUCACAUACAUGUUUUGUUGUCACUUCAUGGUUCCUGUCUUCCUCAUUUUUUUCACAUAUGGAAGCCUGGUGAUGACAGUCAAAGCUGCAGCCGCCCAGCAGCAGGACUCAGCUUCUACUCAGAAAGCUGAGAAGGAAGUAACACGUAUGUGCCUCUUGAUGGUGUUGGGCUUUCUGGUGGCCUGGGUACCGUAUGCCAGCUUUGCUGCCUGGAUCUUCCUGAAUAAAGGAGCUGCCUUCACAGCUCUGACAGCAUCCAUCCCUGCUUUCUUUGCAAAGAGCUCAGCCCUGUACAACGCUGUCAUCUACGUGCUGUUGAACAAACAGUUCCGUAACUGCAUGUUGAGUACUAUUGGGAUGGGCGGCAUGGUGGAGGAUGAGACCUCCGUUUCAACAAGCAAGACAGAAGUCUCUACUGCAGCUUAAGGAUCAUUUGUCUUAAUCGCGAUGACUUCUUUAAGUCAAGUGGACACUUUCCUCCAAAAGUCCAUUCAAAAACAGUUUGGAACUUUUGCCAAAUUAUUUUAUGGAAUUCACAACUCUGGACGAAACACACUGAGGAAUUAUUUCUCUCUUCGUAUUUGUACAAAUUAACAACUGGAAAGUCACUUUGGGAGUUCCCUUGUACGGCAUUUGUGUGUGUGUGUGUGUGUGUGUGUGUGUGUGUGUGUGA